CGGGUGGUUAUGGGCAUGCGCGGUCGCCUCGUUCCCCCGCGAGCCCGGGCAAUGGCCGCCGCCGCCGCCGCCGUUGUUGUUGUGGGGCGCCGCUUGCUCCGUGUCCCCGGCUGCAAGCGCCUGCCCCUCCUCCAGAACUACACCAAUUCUCCAAGUUCCGAUCCUAAAUAUCCAGGAAUUAUAGAGUCAACAGAGGAGUUCAAGUUUGUGGAGCGAUUGAUUCCACCUACCACAGUACCUGUUCCUCCGAAACAUGAUCGCUACCCCACGCCAUCAGGAUGGUGCCCACCUCGAGAUCCACCUCCUGACUUGCCAUACCUGAUCCGGCGUUCCAGGAUGCACAAUCUCCCCGUUUAUACAGACAUCACUCACGGCAACAGGAAGAUGACUGUCGUUCGGAAAAUCGAGGGUGAUAUCUGGAUGCUCGAGAAGGAUGUGAAGAAAUUCCUCGAACAGAUCACGGGCAAGACUCCCCUCACGCAAGUUAAUGAGGUCUCAAUGAACAUCCGGGUCAAAGGUUAUUUUGACAAGGAACUGAAGUCCUGGCUGAUGGAGAAAGGCUUCUAAGUCUGUGACUGUGUUGGCUGCCUGUGUCCAAAAAUGUGAUUCUGUUCACUCGAAGGAGCCAUUGUUUCUAAAAAAAAAACUACCCGUACCAUUGUUACGCCCAGAUUGUGAUAAAAUGCAGAGCAGUCCAUUAAAUUAAUUGUUACAGUCA